AUGGGCAUUCGAAAACGGAGCAACAAGAGCCCGCCGGUGAUGAGCCACGAGUUCGUCAUCCAGAACCAUGCCGAUAUUGUGGCCUGCGUUGCUAUGGUGUUCCUCCUCGGCCUCAUGUUCGAGGUGACGUCUAAAUUUGCAGUGUUGUUCAUCACAGUGCAGUACAACGUCACCAUCUCAACGAACGGUCCCGAGGAGACACCUGUCAACCACUUCCACAACGGCAUCAAAGACCUGGCCACCAUUUUUUUCUACAUGCUGGUGGCAAUCAUCAUGCAUGCCAUCAUCCAGGAGUACGUCCUUGAUAAACUCAAUCGGAAAAAACACUUCUCCAAAACCAAACACAGCAAGUUCAACGAGUCAGGCCAGCUUAGCGCUUUCUACUUAUUUUCCUUUGGCUGGGGUGCUAGCAUCCUUCUCUCUGAGAACUUCCUGUCCAAUCCGAGUUUGCUCUGGGAAGGCUACCCUCACAUGUUAAUGCCGCUGCAGAUGAAAUUCUACUACAUCUGCCAGAUUGGCUACUGGCUUCACGCGCUUCCUGAACUCUACUUCCAGAAGACUAAAAAGGAGGACAUUCCUCGUCAGCUGGUUUACAUCUCCCUGUACUUGGUCCACAUUGCCAGCGCCUACAUUCUCAAUUUGAACCGUCUGGGCUUGGUCCUGAUGGUGUUGCACUACUUUGUGGAGCUUCUCUUCCACGUUUCUCGCCUUGUCUAUUUCAGUAACGAGAACAGACAACUUGGCUUUACCGUGUGGGCCGUCCUCUUCGUAGUGGGGCGACUCCUCACGUUGUCCCUCACCGUCCUCACGGUGGGCUUCGGUCUGGCAAACGCAAGCAACCAAGGCUUCGAUUUGCUCACUGGAAACUUUAACAUUCUUUUCGUGAGGAUCACCGUCCUGGCCGGCGUGUGUUUGACGCAGGCCUUCAUGAUGUGGAAAUUUAUCAACUUCCAGCUGCGACGCUGGAGGGAGCACGCCUCGAUGCAGAAGCUGAAGAAGAAACAAGUACCGUCGAAGAGCAAAGGAAAGAAAGAUAAAGCUAACGGCGUCAAUGGAGUCAACUCUCACGUCGCAGACUCGCCGAGAUCAAGGAAAGGGAAGAAGUCCAAUUAA